AUGUCGGCAUCAAGUACUGCUCCCUACGCCCAGGCGGUGAUCAUUCCAUCGCUUUCUAUCCUAUGCUUUCUGCUGACCAUCCCUCCCUUGAUCUUGCAUUGGAAAAAUAAGAAUUUUCCUGUCGUUUCCCUCAUAUGCUGGCUGCUGUGUCUCAACUUGUUCAAUGUUAUCAAUGCAUUUAUAUGGCCAAAUGAUGACAUGGGCAGUUGGUGGAGUGGCGCUGGCCUUUGUGACGUGGAAGUCAAAGUGAUGAUUGCCAGCUAUGUUGCAGUGCCUGGGAACUUGGUCUGCAUCUUCCGCGCUCUGGCGGGCAUGAUUGAUACUAGACGUGCGAUGCUUGUCCCGAGCAAGCAGCAACGGCGGUGGAAUUUGGGCAUAGAUAUGUUAUUUUGUGUGAUCGUGCCCGUUCUGGCAAUGGCCACACAUAUAGUCUACCAGGCGAACCGAUACAUUCUGGUUGGCAUCUCGGGCUGCGUUAACAGCUUUGAUGAAAGUUGGGUGAGCCUCAUACUGGCAUGGAUCUGGCCUCUAUUAAUCUGCCUCAUUGCUGGCUAUUAUUGUAGCCUUGUGGUUUAUCGUCUUCACAGAUACCGAAACCAAUUUGGUGACAUCCUACAAGCAUCAAACAGCAACUUGAACAAAUCUAGAUUCAUGCGGCUAUUCAUCCUUUCCUUCAUUGUGCUACUGGCUAUUCUGCCGGUCCAGACAUACGUUGUCUACAAAAACAUAGAGCUUUCGCUACCGUGGCAUUCUUACUCAUGGAAUGUGGCACACGGACCACAUUGGAAUAAAAUCCUGAAGAUACCUUCGGGUGGUGAAGCCUUUUUCGAUCGCUGGUUUCCAGUGGCCGCUGGAUUCAUGUUGUUCAUCCUCUUCGGGUGCGGCAGAGACGCUUCCAGGAUGUAUGGCUCAUACCUCCGCUUGCUGCGCCUGGAUCACUACUUCGUCAGAGCCCAUGGCUCUUCACCAGAUGCAUCCCGCUCGAAUACGUCGGGUUUCUCGAACAGCCGAUUGGGGCUACUUUUCCAUAAAUCAUCGACUUCGACAGCAGGAACUUGUACAGAGAACCCAGCUACUGCGAAUAGUAUCGACAGGAGCUCCAAUGACAUUGAGAAGGGCAGAGUCUCUUCGCCGAAACCCCAACGAGGAAAACGCAUAUCUUGGCUUAAGCAUCCUUGGUCUCUUUGGCACCGCCCACUUCACCGCUCGUCUACUUCUAGUGGCGAGAGAAUCUUAUCCCAACCGAACCUCUCUGCUCCGUCAAAUACAGUUUCCGCUAAUGCAUGGGCGGGCUCCAGCCAAAGCCGGCGAAGUAGCGAUCUUACUUACAUGCCUGGAAGAGAGGCAUUCAUCCGAGUUAAACGCGACAUCAGCCAGGAUAGCGAAUUGCGAACAUGA